AUGCACAAGUCCAAGCUGAUGGCUCAAGGGAAGUUGCCCAACGUGCUGUUGUGUGACCGUGACGUUUGGGCCGAUGGAUAUGCCAAGCUGGGCAGCGUUGACUUCAACAGUCUGAUGCGUACUCUACAGGCUGCGGUUAGUGCGAGCCUGGAAAUGAUGGAGUUGUGCAAUGUCAUGGAAGCGCUCGGUGUCAAGGAAACGAUGAAGACGGCCUCACUUUGGAUGGGAUGGAGAUCCUGCAGCUUUAGAUACGCCUGCUCAACCAAACAGAGCGUGAAUCGAUUCAUCGUCAGAAUGACAAACCCAACUCCGAGCGAUGUGAUUCCACGAUUGAUUGUGGGAGAGGUCGUGUUGGUCACUGUGAGCAAACUCACAACAUUUCAUGGCGUUGCGAGUUGCAUCUUUGAAUCACUGGAUGCCACCGGGACGACCCCACCCCGCCCAAGACUGCCGCCGACUCUCCCACUUGCACUAAAACCACUUACGAUGGCUCCACCAAUGUCAACCCACCAAGAAGACCAACAUUCGUCCGAUUACAACUUAUCGGACAAUGAUACGGUGCUCACGGAGCUCAUCGAAUCUCAAGGCUCACUCGACGAACGAACUGUGCCGCAAUCGGGUGGUUCUGGGAGUUGCAUCAGUUUGGAUUCGGUCGAAGGUCGUGAAUUCGUGGCCAGCGUUGAUGACGAAGAUGGCACUGCAAUUGGCAGUGAUGCUCAUAGUGCAGCCCACAACGCGAGCGCCAUCAAGAUCGAAGAGCAAGCUUCGGGUUGA